GUAAGGAAUAAAACAACACUAAAUGUGGGGAAUUGAAACACUCAGAGCUCACGACCUAAAACUAAGAAGUUUGGUUAAAAUAAGAAAAAUGGAGCGCAUAGGAGUUGCAAUGACGACCCCAAUGUCGAGUUACCUUGAACAACAACUUGAACAACGCUUCAAUGUCUUCAAGCUUUGGAAGCAUCCUGUGGACUCCAAAGAUGCCCAAUUAAUCAGAGCAAUAGUCUGCAGCACCCAGUCCGGCGCCGACGCUAAUUUGAUCGACUCCUUCCCCGGUUUGGAAAUCGUAGCGACCUUCAGUAUGGGACUGGACAAGGUCGAUUUGCGAAGAUGUAUGGAGAAGGGGAUUAAGGUUACGAAUACUCCCGACGUUUUGACCGACGAUGUCGCCGAUGUUGCAAUUGGACUCGCCUUAGCCGUUUCCAGAAAGAUUUGUGAGUGUGAUAGGUUCGUUAGGAGUGGUUCCUGGCUCAAACGCGAGUUCGGAUUGACAACAAGGUUCAGUGGCAAAUCAGUAGGAAUAAUUGGAUUGGGAAGGAUUGGUUCAGCCAUAGCCAAGAGAGCACAAGCAUUUGGUUGUCCCAUCAAUUAUUUCUCAAGGACUGAAAAGCAACACCACAGGGGUAAUUACAAAUACUUCCCCACUGUCCUAGACUUGGCUGCAAAUUCCCAGAUUCUGUUUGUAUCAUGUGCUCUAACUGAACAAACAAAGCACAUUGUGAACAGACAAGUAAUUGAUGCAUUGGGACCAUAUGGCAUUCUUAUCAACGUCGGACGCGGUGCUCAUGUCGACGAGUCCGAGCUCAUCUCUGCACUGCUCGAAGGUCGUUUAGGAGGAGCGGGACUAGAUGUAUUUGAAAAUGAGCCCCAUAUUCCUCAACAGCUGCUUCAUCUUCAAAACACAGUUCUUCUCCCUCAUGUGGGAUCUGAUACCAUUGACACUAACAACGCAAUGGCUGACCUUGUCAUUGCUAAUUUGGAGGCACAUUUCACGAAUCAACCUCUCAUAACUCCUUGCUGCCAUAAAUCUCAAAUGUAACGUAUCGCUGGUGUGGAUUUGCUCGCGAUGCUGCCGUUCAUGGAGCAUUUUUUUUAAAGGAAUAAAGCGAAUAAGCUCACAACGUCAUUUUACAAGAAGAGAAGCCACCAUGCUGGUGGAUAUAACUUUGCAGUAACUAUUUAGCUUGAAAUUGAAGAAAAUGGAAAAACUCAGAAUAGAGAGAAAUUAAGGAUAAAAAAAUUGAUGAUAAAAAGGUUGUGCUAAAAUAAUAGGAUUGGAAUGUGAUUCUCGAGAAUUAAUUCUACUCUUUAUUUCUUUUUCUUC